AUGCCAGAGUCUAAGCCAGGUUCAUCCACCCAUUCCAAUCCAGUGGAAAAUACUGGUGCUAGUACUGCACUUGGGCAGUCAGCAUCAAAUCUUUCCACUCCCGUCAACAAGAAGCAGAAGAAAAAACGGAAGCUAAAAGAGAAGCUUCGAGCAAUGGAGCAACUCGGUGUUCUCGUCCAUCGCCGCGGUAUGGCCAAAGGUAAGGUAACCAAAAUUUUAAGUACCAUUCAACCCCAACACGAAGACAAUCUAGUGCUUAGUCAGGCACAAAUUAAAGUGUACACCAAGAAAUUGGAAUCUGCUCAAAAGGAGUAUGAAGCGCUGCAAGAAAAAAUCUUGGAGCUGGUAUCUGCUGAGGACAUGGAUGCUCAUGACCAACACUUCGAAGCCUUCGACGAUUUGUGUGACAUGGUAGGAAUCAUCCUGGAGGAACAGGGUGAAUCUGGUGUGCCUAUCGCAGCAAACUCCAUUCCACCGAAUGCUGCCACUUCACUGGUGAUCCAUCAGCCUCUCAGAAUGCCCAUUCCCACUUUCGAUGGAAGGUAUGAAAGCUGGCCGAAGUUUAAGGCAAUGUUCAUGGACCUAGUGGACAAAGUACCCGAUCCGCCAGCUGUUAAGUUGUACCAUCUCGAUAAGGCAUUAGUGGGUAGUGCAGCUGGUUUAAUAGAUGCGAAAACGAUUAAUGAAGGCAAUUAUGCACACGCUUGGGAAAUUCUCGAGGAGAGGUACGAGAACAAACGACACGCCAUCGACUGUCAUAUUCACGGCCUUUUGAAUCUAACCAAAAUGUCUAAGGAAACAAAUCGCGAGCUCAGGAAACUGAUAGAUGAGUGCACAAGGCACGUCGAGAGUCUGAAGUUUUUAGAGCAACCUUUCACCGGAGUGUCGGAACAAAUAGUGGUCCACUUGCUUGCAGUAGCAUUGGAUAAAGAAACUCGAAGACGCUGGGAAUCCACUGUGAAGCAUGGGGAACUUCCUGGAUAUGACAUGAUGCUGAAGUUUUUAAAAGAGCAAUGCUUCGUUUUGGAGAGAUGCGAAAGUACCAAUCCCAAACAAUCCGCAACUCAAGUCAAACCUAUGAAUGUUCAGAGUAAGGCAUCUUUCGCCAAAUCACAUGCAUCUACUGCAUCCGCUGAAUCCGAGUACAAAUGCGACUUCUGUGGCAAGGGCCACCUAAACUACACUUGUCCAGAAUUCAAAGCGCUUCCCUUACAGCAACGAUUGUCUAAGGUUCGAGAACGAAACACUUGUUUUAAUUGCCUCAGGAAAGGCCAUCGCAGUAGAGAUUGCCCUUCCGAUAAAACAUGCUUCAAAUGCAAUAGGAAGCAUCACAGUCUACUCCACGCGGAAGAAAAAACAAGUUCUCCAGUAACAAAGGAGAGAAGUUCAUCCAGAGAAGCUGAUACUCAAACAGUUAAGAAACCGACGCAAGAACCAAAUCAUCAGGAACAAACACAACUUACUGCUGCCACCUGUUCGAGUGUACUUCCAAUACAGCAUAUACUUCUUCUCACAGCUGUUGUAGAGGUGAUGGACAAAAACUACAAACCCCACCCGUGCAGAAUUUUAUUGGAUAGUGGAUCCCAAGCCAAUCUGAUUUCGCGGUCCAUGAUAAAUGCAUUAGGAUUGCAGCAGUUUCCAUUAAAGGUAACCGUAAAGGGAGUAAAUAGCACGAAGAGCCAUUCGUCAAUGAGCAGCAUAGUCCAAAUCCGAUCUAAAUAUUCAGACUUCAGAGCGAGUCUUCAAUGUUUGGUGACGGACAACGUGACGGCAGACUUGCCCACUUCAAGCUUCGAUGUUAGUAACUGGGUGCUUCCAACAGGUGUUCAACUCGCCGAUCCGACGUUCCAUCAAACUGGCAAAAUAGAUAUGUUGAUUGGAAGCCAGUGGUUCCUGAAAUUGCUAUUGCCAGGAGAGAUAACAUUAGCCGAAAAUCUUCCCGUACUUAAAGAGACUCAGUUCGGUUGGGUCCUGGGUGGCAGCUAUGGAGGCGAGACAACAUCUAACUACAUAGUACAUUCACAUGCUGCAACAUUUGAUGAUUUGGAUCAGCUUAUCCGUCGGUUUUGGGAGGUCGAAGAAGUUUCCAACGAUGCACAUGGUUCCAAUGAAGAAGAAGAAUGCGAGCAGCAUUUCCUAAACACUCAUCGACGAGAUGCUUCUGGCAGAUACAUUGUUCAGUUGCCUCUCAAGGAUUGUUUUAAUGAGCUUGGCGACUCCAGAGCCAUGGCGCUACGAAGAUUCUACGCAUUGGAAAGAAGGUUGAAUCAACAGCCUGAUUUGAAGCAGCAAUACUCAGAGUUCAUGAGUGAGUACGAAGAUCUUGGACACUGCAAAGAGAUCAAUUAA